CGGGCACCGUGCGGCGGGGCCGGGCCCGCGCGAGCGACCAACAUGGCGGAAAGCGCUCCCUCGGCGGCUCCGAGCCCGCGGGGCUGUGCGGACGGGGAGGACGCGGCGCCCCCAGAAGAGGCGACGGCAGAAACGCCGAGAGAUGACCAGGAGCAGUUUGAGUGCCAGGAGCUGCUCGAAUACCAGGUGCAGGUGGGGGACCCUGAGGAAGAAGAGGACGCGGGCGCGGUGGCCGAGGCCGAGGCGGUAGCUGCCGGCUGGAUGCUCGACUUCCUCUGCCUGUCGCUCUGCCGGGCCUUCCGCGACGGCCGCUCCGAGGACUUCCACCGGGCCCGCGACAGCGCCGAGGCUAUUAUUCACGGACUGUCCAGUCUAACAGCUUAUCAACUGAGAACUAUAUACAUAUGUCAAUUUUUGACAAGAAUCGCUGCAGGAAAAUCCCUCGAUGCACAAUUUGAAACUGAUGAACAAAUUACACCCUUGGAAUCAGCCCUGAUGAUUUGGGCUUCAAUGGAAACAGAACAUGACAAGCUUCAUGAAGAAAUACAGAAUUUAAUUAAAAUUCAGGCUAUAGCUGUUUGUAUGGAAAAUGGCAAUUUUAAAGAAGCAGAAGAAGUCUUUGAAAGAAUAUUUGAUGACCCGAAUUCUUAUGAGCCUUUAAAAAGGAAAUUGCUUGUGAUAAUCUCUCAGAAAGACACAUUUCACUCCAUUUUUCAACACUUCACCUACAACCACAUGAUGGAGAAAAUUAAGAGUUAUGUGGAUUAUGUGAUAAACGAAAAAUCAUCAGCCUUUCUUAUGAAGGCAGCAGCAAAAGUAGUGGAAAGUAAAAGGUCAAGAACAACUUCUCAAGAUAAACCUAAUGGUAACAAUAUUGAAAUGGAAACUGAAGCUAAUUUGAAUGUAGGAAAAAGUGACAAACAGCCUGCAGGAACUGAAUUCUCAAGGAAUACAGUAUCCUUAUUGAGGUCUCACAAGAAUCUCUUUCUAUAUAAGUCAAAACAUGGAAGCCAACAACAGGAUUUUAAUAGGAAAGAAGAAAGAGUGGAAACUCUUCAAAGAGGAAAGAAAAGAUUCAGACAAACCACUGAAAACAGGAGAAGACCUGUUUUGAACAGUCACCCAGUAACUUCUAAAAAACUUCAAUCUAGGAAGAAACAGGCAUGGCUUUGGGAAGAAGACAAGAAUCUGAGAUCUGGUGUGAGGAAAUACGGAGAGGGAAACUGGUCUAAAAUACUGUUACAUUAUAAAUUCAACAACCGAACAGGCGUCAUGUUAAAAGACAGAUGGAGGACUAUGAAGAAGCUAAAACUGAUUUGCUCAGACAGUGAAGACUGAAUGUGUUUGUAAAAGCUUGAUGAAAAGACAGUUAAAUAUUUUGAUCACUGCAUUUUCUUUGAAACUUCGUGGUCAUUGAUGUAUCUUAAAAUUUUUGUCUAAAGCAUUACAGUAUCAUUAUGGUAUCACUUUAACUAAAAUGGAGAUUAUGCUGUAAGAGUAAGAUUAGAUCCCGUCAUUGCAUUCUUUAAGAACCUUUUUCCUUUGGUAAAAUGUAAAUUUGUUGAACCCUGGUGCUUUCAGUAACCCCAUCCCCAAAUCCUAUUCCAAUUAAAAGGGAAAAAAAACCUGGUAAAAGAAAAAUUAUAUUUAUUCCUAUUAACCCAUUCCAUGUCUGUAGGCUAACCUCACCUUUGUAAGACACAUUAAAGUGAAGUUUCUCUAAGACUUGAUGAUGGCUUUAAUAGAUUAGUUACCAAUGCAUUUGUUUAUAGAAUGUUAUAUGUAUGAGGUAAUCCAUACAUAAGUAGUAACAUAUUUAAGUUUUUCAUAUAGAGGAGAAAACUAAAAUAGUAAUACCCAUAGGAGGACAAAAUUUGUAAUAUUACCAAAAAUAGCGUCAUGUCUCAUUUAGGUACAUUUAACUUUCUUCCAGUGUUAAAACUUUGACAAAGAUGGUUUUAAAUCUGCAUUAACCUGGUGUCAUAAAUACCAGUUUCUUUGAUUUUUUUUUCUGUAUUUUCAUGUAAUAUAUCAAUAUUGGGUUUAAGUAAUAUUCUAUAAAUGCUGCAGUUGGUAUUAACCAUGAUCAUUUUGAUGUCCGUGGUGAUUGUUAACUAAGGUUAAAUAACCACCCAUACCUUACUUAACAAUGUUGAGUAUUCAUCAAGAUUGUGUUCUUUAGAGAAUUUAGUCACUAAGAAUUAUUUAGCAUUUUGAGUUACAUGUGCUUUAUUUAAUGAGUGGAAAUACUGAUGUAUUGGUGUACAAAAGUAAAUUGUAAAUGGUAGUUUAUAAUUUAUAUUUCAUUUCUUAAUAAAGUUGCAUAUAUUACUUUC